AUGUUUGGUUUGAUACGGAAUGCAUUCAGUAAAACCGAAGUGGAUUCAGAGCAGGAAAAGCGUAAAAUUGUUUUAAACGUCUAUGAUAUGUUACAGCCUGGAUUCAUUACAAAUGUUGGGUAUUGUUUGGGCAUUGGUAUUUAUCAUUCCGGAAUUGAAAUUGGAGAACAUGAGUAUUGUUUUGGAGGACAUGAUUAUGAGCACGUUACUGGUGUGUUUAUGGUGCAGCCCAAGAUUGGGCCUCAAGGGCUCUUGUUCAAACAAUCGAUCAGUAUGGGAUACACCAAUCUAUCACAACAACAGGUGGAUAAAGUACUGCAAGAGAUAUCAAAGGAAUACGUAGGCACGUCUUACAAGUUAUUGACGAGAAAUUGCAAUCACUUUUCAGAGGAUCUCUGCAAGCGACUGACAGGCAAACAAGCUCCUGGAUGGAUCAAUCGGGCAGCAAAAUUAGGCACCAUGUUCCCAUGUGUCAUACCAACUGAAUGGGUUGAGCCUCCUGAUGCCACAACUAUAAAAUCAGAGGCUUCAGGAUCUCCUUCCUCAUCCUCAUGCUCGUCCAACACACCAUUGAAAAAGCCCGCGACAUCGUCUCCUCCAUCUCCAGUAUCAGCAGCUCCACCACCCAAAGUGUCUACGACUACAACGGCUACAACACCCGUAAAAAUGAAGCGAUUAUCCUCUUCGCCUUCUUCGCGUCGCCCAUCUGGCAGUGAUAGCAUUCGUCUUGUUCGAACGCCUGUGAUGGAAGACGAUGAAAUUGAUUGCGCAAGUCCUGUCAAAGAACCAGAUACCUACAGACCAGAGGUGAUUCGAUCCGCCACACAAUUAUCAAUUACUGCACCUGUUGAAUUAUAA